AUGGCAUCAAACUUGCGAACUGCUCCUGAUGAGCAGAUCGAGCUUUUCCAACAUGAGGAUGAUCCAAUCUCCAGCAUCCUCAAUUCCACCAGCAUGAUCAUCUCUUCCUUCCAGCAGCUCGACAAACAACAGACCGCCAUCGCCAGCCUGCUGAACACAGCAAGCAAGGUGUAUUCCAAACUUGAUGAGGCUCAAAAACUCUCAAUCGGAAACACGCAUUCUUCGCUGUUGAUGGCCUUAGCCGGAAUCACGCAUGCCGACGGCCAGCAGGACCAAGAACUCCGUCAGGACGCAAUCACCCUCCUCUUGAAGGCAGCAAGCAAAGUCGUUGAGUCUAUCCAGAACACCAAAAAACCCCCUCAGCCUCGCAGUCAAGACGGUCAGUGCUACUUCAAUCGACUACCCACCGAGCUGAAGGACAAGAUUUGGCAGUUAUGCCUCCCGCCUGGUAGAAUCUACGAGCCGAUCACAUACUACAAUCACCAGGAACACGACCCAAGAAACAUUCUGUUCUAUCAGCACUGGGCACCCCCAAAUUUCAGAGAAAUCAACAGAGAGGCUCGCGAGUACUGCAUGAAGGCUGGCCAAUUCCGCUUCGGCCACUUUGAGGACGAAUUGGGCUACGGCACCAUGAGAUCGAUCUGGUACAACAAUGAUCUGGAUGCCAUCUAUCUCUCCGGUCCUGAGCAGUACUGGUACCUCAACCACCUUCAGGUGAAAAACCUCAUCAUCGGAGACGCCAUCGUCCUUGACCGGAACGAAUGCAGAGAGGUGCUCACGAGCGAUUGUUAUGGCUGCGACAACAUUACAAUCGCCCAUCAGCCCCGCGGAGCUCCCAUCAAUGAGAAUAAAGGACCGACUCAGGAGGCAAUGGAAGCUACUGAGCCAGUCUUCUACGCCGUCAAGGAUGAUGAGCGCGUCUGCGCUCAGAUAGUGGACGUGGAAGAUUGGGGCGAAGGCCUGCUGAAGACCUGGGCCGAACACAGAGAUGAGCUAAAGGAGAUCUUCUACGAGGAUGGAUCCAAGACGAGAGAUGUCAAAUUCCGUGCUGUGGAGGUUUUCCGGAAACCUCGCAUCGAGAAGGAAGGUUAUCAUUUCAGACGAUAUCACACAAACGGGGCAUAA